AUGAUCCUCACCAACCUUUUCUUCUACCUCAUCCCUCUAGUCUCCGUCAUGUUCGCCGGCCAUCUCGGCGAGCUCCACCUCGCCGGCGCCACCCUUGCCAACUCCUGGGCCACCGUCACCGGUUUCGCUUUCAUGGUACAAAACCAAUUCUCUCCUUUCCCCCCACCAAUUUUGCCAAAUCAGGUAGGGUUUUGUCUUUUGAAGCUUGCUCUGUUCCCCCCCCCCCCCCCCCCCCCCCCCGCGAUUGUAGACAGGGCUAAGUUGCGAAGCUGUACAGAAAGUUGGGGAUCCAUCUCCAAGCUUCCUGCAUCAUAUCAUUCCUCUUCUCUGUCGCAAUUUCUGUGA